AUGGCUGAAACAAACAAAAGGAUUGAAAAGUGUGUUUCUUUCAUAAAGGAUAACCUGACUCACGUUGAUUCUGUUAUUGACAAGUUGAUUGAAUCUGACGUAAUACCAUUAAAAGAGCGCGAUUCUAUUGUUUGUAAACCUUUAGAAAGAGAACAGAUCCAAAGUUUAUUAGAUGUCGUUACAAGAAAACAAAAGGGUGACGUUUUUUUGAAAGCAUUAGUGGAGACAAAAAAUGAGCAUGUGGCUGACACAAUAAAGUCUGUUAAACUAUUUGAAGACAUGACAGAAACGAAUGAAAGAUCUCGAACAUACAUAAAAGAUGAAAAGAAUGAAGAUCACGAUGAAGCAAAUGAUAAAGCGCUAAAGGAGCUUAAGAACAAAACAGAAGAGAAUGAACGUCUGAAAACGCAUCAGAAGAAACUGCGGGAACAAUUGGAAGAAAAGGUCAGUCGAAUGAGAGAAUUAAACAAAAAAGCCAUCGAAAGCCAGAAUAAAUGUAAAAAACUUGAAGACAAAACCGAAGUUAUGCAAAAGGAGUUGAAUGAAAAGGAAGAACAACUUCUAGUAUUAAAAGACGAGUGUGGAAAACUGAAGAUACAAAUAGAUCAAGUGGAACAAAAGUUGAAAGAAAAGGACGAGAAAAUAGACGCUUUAAGUAAUAACUUGAAGGAUGUUUUCAAAGAAUUAAAGAAUCAAAGUGAGAAUACAAAACAGAUUUUAAGUGACAAUGAACAGCAUAAAAAGGAAGUUGCUGAAAUGAAAAAGGGAAACGAGGAACUAAAAAAAAUGUGUACUAAUUUAGAUAGUUCAGUCUUCACGGGAAACUAA